AAGACGCAAGAGGAGGAGAAGGGCUAGGACAUGGAGAGGGCUGGCAAGCACUGGCCCCUCUGAUAAAGCCCACUGAGCAGCACUCACACUCAUACACCACCCCCCCAACCCUGCCCCCUACCUGCACUCAGCACAGCACCCUGACACCCACUCACCCUGACACCCACUCACCCUCUAAGCAACCCAGAGGCCUUAAAGCUGACCCCCACCCAUGGACUGAAUGAAGACUGCCUAUAACGCCUUUAGAUGCCUCACCAAAGACCUGGAUGCCUGCGCCAUGAACCCAGAGAUGACAAUGGACAGCAUUGGCAGUUUGCAUGGUGGGAGCAGCCAUGAGCAGGACCUUAUGAGCAGCCACAGCCCUCACCACCACCGGAGGAUCCACCAGGACCUCAUUGCUCCAUCUUCUAGGUCCGCUAUGGUUUCCAGCAUGGCUUCCAUCCUGGAUGGGACUGGGGACUACCGGCCGGAGCUGUCCAUCCCCCUGCAUCAUGCCAUGAGUAUGCCCUGUGACUCCUCACCCCCUGGGAUGGGCAUGAGCAGCACCUACACCACCUUAACUCCACUCCAGCCCUUGCCCCCUAUCUCCACGGUGUCUGACAAAUUCCACCACCCUCACCACCAUCCCCACCACCACCACCAUCACCACCACCAGCGGCUGUCUGGCAAUGUCAGCGGCAGCUUCACCCUCAUGAGGGAUGACAGGGGGAUCCCAGCCAUGAACAACCUGUACAGCCCCUACAAGGACAUGACUGGCAUGGGCCAAAGCUUGUCCCCCUUGACCGGCAGCCCCUUAGGGAAUGGUUUGGGUUCCAUCCACAACACACAGCAGAGUCUCCACAACUAUGGACCACCUGGCCACGAGAAGAUGCUCAGCCCAAACUUUGAUUGCCACACUGCCAUGCUGGCCAGAGGCGAGCAGCACCUCUCCAGGGGUCUGGGCACGCCACCUGCUUCCAUGAUGUCCCACAUCAAUGGGAUGCAUCACCCGAUCCAUUCCCAGUCUCAUGGGCCCGUGCUGACCCCUGGCCGGGACAGACCACCUUCCGCCUCUGGAUCUCAGCUCAAUAACUCUGGACAGUUGGAAGAAAUUAAUACCAAAGAAGUGGCGCAGAGGAUCACUGCAGAACUGAAGCGGUACAGCAUCCCCCAAGCUAUCUUUGCCCAGAGGGUACUGUGCAGGUCACAGGGUACCCUCUCAGACCUGCUAAGGAACCCCAAACCUUGGAGUAAACUGAAAUCUGGAAGGGAGACCUUCAGGAGGAUGUGGAAAUGGCUGCAGGAGCCUGAGUUCCAGAGGAUGUCAGCUCUCAGGCUUGCAGCUCCCGAGUUCUCCAGUAUCUUGAAAUCCUCAUGUAAACGCAAAGAGCAAGAACCGAACAAAGACCGAAACAACAGUCAGAAGAAAUCCCGCCUUGUUUUCACUGAUCUCCAACGCAGAACGCUUUUCGCCAUCUUCAAAGAAAACAAGCGCCCAUCCAAAGAAAUGCAAAUCACUAUAUCCCAGCAGCUGGGCUUGGAACUCACCACAGUCAGUAACUUCUUUAUGAAUGCCAGGAGGCGGAGCCUAGAGAAAUGGCAGGACGAUUUAAGUACAGGGGGAAGUUCAUCAAACUCCAGCACUUGUACCAAAGCAUGAUGGGAAAAGGCUUUUAAGUGGGGCACAACUCUACUGUAACCAAAAAAAAAAAAAAGAGAAGAAAGGAUAUAUAUAUAAAUAUAUUUUUUUGUUGUUGUUGGCAGGGCCAUUCACUGGUGACAAUCUGUAUAUUUCUCCAUAAUGUUCAACAGGGCACAAGUGGAAUAAAAUUCACGUGGGAUUGCACCCCUCAUCUGCCAUUUGGUGCCAUGUCGGCGGAGAGAAAAUUUCAGCAGAUCACCAAACCAAUUAUAUUCACUCAACCAGUCAACACCUUGAAGUUCUUGAAGACCCAACAUAACACUAAGGUCAUCACCGACUCUCCUAGCACCACGGCACACCACCACGGCAUCGGUUUAACAUGUAAACCAGCAAAACACAUCACAGUGUUGCAUUCACCUCCGCCCACAGCACAAGCAAGGUUGUAUCCUGAAUCCAUAAGACGCACAGGCCAUACUUGAGCACAAUGUCAAAGCUUCAAGAAUUCAAUAAUGUGUUGUUGUUGUUUUUUUGGCUUUUAAUUUUGUUUUCCUAUUUUAUUUUUUUAUAUAGAUCUAUUUUACAGUCUUUAUAUUUUCAAUGAAUGCUCAACAACCACACAAAGUACCCUUUUACAAAGUACAGUAUUAAGCACAAAAGGACAUCAAUUUUAUAUCUAUUCAAGAGAUAGCAACAUGCUAUGAUUUACUUAUUUACUUACUUCAUCCUCGUAAGCAAUGACGUACAUAUUUCAUGCCUUUUUAAAAAAACAUAAAAUAGGUACUCAGGAGACCAUUUCAGCUGCAUGCAAAGGAACCGCCAUAUUUUUUUUUUUACUUAUGCCAAGUCUAACACAAUGCAGAAAUUAACAUAUAUAUUUAUCUAUUCAUCUAUGAAAGGUAGAUGCAUAGCUACAUCUAUAAUGUAUCAAUAGUCUUUUUUUCUGAUAUGACACUGCUCACCCUACUGUGCCGGUCUGUGAACAAUACUUGACGUCAGAAAGCCAUUUUUUCAUCACGUAUCCAUACUCGAUCUGGUAAAACAUACAGCACACCAAAGAACCAAAACACUAUUACUAACCAAAGAAAAGUAAAACGAAAAAAAGUUUUACAGCCUAUAUACACUGUUAUCACUUCAACCUUCCUUUCAAUGAUCAGCACAUUUAUUUUUUUUCUGAACAUCCCACCCUGAAGGAUCAACAUUCUACAAGGUGAUACCAAAAGUAUCAUUCAUUUACUGUUGCCGCUUUACCAGUGGAUGGCCCCUUCCUCGAACACUCAAGCCCGUGUUCCAAAGCAAAAGCCAAAGGCUGUAAUAAUCCUUUAAAUACACUUGAGACUCUUUUUUUUUAAUGUACUACUUAAUCGAAACCAAAGAAACUUUUUUUUCUGCACCUACUUCUUCUGCAACAAACUGUUCCAUUGGUAGAAAAGAAGCACGUCAGGAAAAAAAAAACUAUUGACACACUGUGUUCAGACAGACAUCUUAAGAAUCUUAGGAAGCAGAUCUAUAGGAUUUAGGACUGACAAGGGUUGAAACGAAACGCGGCCGGAAAAAAACCUACAGUAUAUGCUCGCUGCUUCGUUUGACAACUUACUUAGUUCUCUUAAAGUUGAAGAUUGUCUUUAAUUUGUGCCUAUGCAGUUUAUUCAAAGAACAAAGGAUUGACCGACCUGAACCUCAGUAGCUGCAAUACCAAAGAUAAGGAGUUCUCACAACUAUUUAUUUAUUUUUUUGUUUUAUUUUCAGUUCUGUUCUUGCAUGGUUAAAUCACUUUGGGUACCACCAUUGAUCUGUCAGUACUUCUGUCUCCUUGAACAAAGAAAAAAUGGUCCUGUUUCACUGUAUACUGUUUAUAUUUCUAAUUGGGACCUCAGACAUUAGGUCUAAGAUGUUGGGAUAGGUCAUCGACAAUGGUGCUCUGUGGCUGUGCAGAAAUAGACAUGUUGCUGAAGCGCACGUGGAGCCAAUAUUUUUGUGGGUUGAAAAAUAAAUUAAUGGCGAGGCCACCUAUCAAUUCUCUAGGGUCUAGUGACAUCACAGGAGUGCAGUAUUUGUGCGUCAGUGAUAUCAAUAGUUCCUAGACACUGGAUAAACCCGCAUCAUUGGGAAAAUAGUUUUAGAACACAUUGUGUUAAAGUUAAAGGAUCACUAAACUUGAUUCUUUAAUUAGGCAUUGAUUCAAAUACUGUAAAGGUAAAAUUUCAUGGCAAAAUAUCUGCUCCAUCUGUUGCAAGAAAAAUAUAUUUAGUUUCUUUGGAACUUUUUGUUGUAAACACAGUACUUACCCACAUGGCUCAAACUCCCCUUUUACAGAGUCUUUAACUUUCUUCCAAAGGUGGUAAUUAUAAAUUGACAAUAGUUUUGUUACUUCAUCACAAGCUCUUUAAAGAACUGAGCAAUAAAACAUUUUGCAAAUUUUAACAACAUUGCAAAAUGUCUUUAUUGCUAAAUUAUUUUUUUACUAUUUGUGCUUCCAUAACUAAAAAGAGAUCUUCCAUAUGUUGGUGCAUGGUAUUUUCUGAUGCUUUGCAAAUUACAUUUCUGGAAUAUCCAUUGGAAGUGAUGCAAAGCAGUGUCUCGCAUUGCCACAGAGCACACUUCAUGGGCAUGAGCAAAAAAGUUACCAAUCAUUACACUGAAGCAUGACCUGACAUCUGAGAGGCCUGUAGAAAUUUAGAGGUUGUGUGCGUGACAUGUAGUAUCCCAACAUCUUAUGCAAAGCUUGCCAGUUUCUGUCCAUGGGCACAAGCAAGAUGAGCUCAACUUUCAAGAAGCAUUGGAUAUUGUCUAAUCAUCCAUGAAAGAACAAAAGGAAUUGUGUUUAUUUACUACGGUUGAAUAGCUUUAUUUAAAACUCUCUUGACAAAAGCUAAAUCCAAAGACCUGUCAAUAACUAAACCAGCAGAAAGAAAUGCUUGAACCUGCUUAUGUUAAAGAGAUCUACAGUACUUUCAAUAAUAGCAACGAGGCAUUUAGGGGUUUGAAAGGCCCCUUGCUUUGAUGAAAACAAAAAAUUGUCUGUAAAAAGAUAUUAUUUUUUAGUUUGUGGAAAUAAUUUUAUUGGUUACAUUGGCUGAUGUUUAUUUAUUAUUACAAUUAAUAUACAAUUUAAUUAUUUAUAAUUUAAUGCAAAAAAAUUAUAUGUAACCUAAUUUUCCUUUACCCGCACCCCCAUCCUCCUUUUUUGAGUUUAAAUCCAAAGUACAAUUAAUUUAUUACAAUAAGUUUUAGGAAAACGUAGCUUUUUUUCUGUAAUUUCAAGUAAUUUUUAAUUGGACAUUUUUUUUUAUGUAACUGCUUAUUUAUCAAGGUUAAAGGAUUGAUAGCAUCCAAGAUGCUUUUCUACACCAUAUUUCAGUUUGCUUUACAAAGUGGGUAAAUUCUGUUACAUAGAGGGACAAAGCAGGUUACACAAAAAAAAGCUUUUUCCAAAAAUCGUAUUUAAUUUUACAAUGUCUUUUUUAUGAUCUGUAAUUAAAUUAUUUAAGUUAUCCUCCCAUUUUGUGAGAAAGUGGGGAGAAAAAUAAUGCUUUUUGGCAUUUUAUGUCAUACGGCAACUUAUUUAUUUAAUUUAUUCAGCAUCUAUGGAGAAGAUGCGAUUGUAUAGUUUAUAUUUUUUAUUUAAAACAACUAAAGCACUAAAUUAUUUUGCUGACCAGAACAACAGAGUGAAGUGUGUGGACAAGCAUGGAUCUUGACUCAAAAGUUAUACAUCAUGGAAUACAAUAUUAUGACACUGCUGUAUUUGUUUUGCCAAAGAUUUUCUUUUUUUCAGAAACUAUAUAUUUUUCCAGCUUCUUCUAUAAGCUUGAGGGGGAAAAACUACAAAAAUGACAUUCCAAACCAAAAAAUAAAGAGAGAGAGAGAAAGAGACACCCUUACACUAGCUGCUUCCAAGAAUGAACUAUGUGUGUAAUAAAAAAAAGUAAAAAAAAAUUUCUAUUUCUAGUGAGAACCAAAAAUAGGCUACCUCACUGACUUUUUUCCUUUUGUAAUUUAAAUUGUGUUGAUGAUACCAAAGAUACCAAAGAUUUGUUUCACUUGUGUGGUCCACUGCUAGCAUCUGCUCUUUUUUUCAAUUAUCUAAUCUCUUUUGGUUGAAGACGAGCUUAUAGGGCAUGGCAGAAUAUUGUAUCAUGCCCAUUCUUCCACCAAAUGAGAUCAACUCUUACAUAUAUACAGCUGUAGCUUGGAUACCCCAAAGAAAAGUCCUUGCAAAAUCCACUUAUUAAAUAGAAGAAAAUAUUUUCUGUAUGUUGCCCACAGGGAGGAUAGAAAGCUUUUGUUUGCAACGUGCUGUGUUUCACAUCUUGAAAAUAACUGUAGAUGGUGUCGAUGUUUUACAAGUACUUAAAAGUCUUGUAAGGUUUUAAUCUCUUUAAGAAAAAUCCUAUUUUAUUCUACUGUAAACUGUUAUUUAGCAAUUUACCUAACAUCUCAUUGACUACUCAAUAUACAGGAGCAUGGUCUAUGGAAAAAAUAUGGAUAUGGGGAUAAUUGAUUCAGAAAUAUUUUAUAUCUGUUUGGAAUAGGGAAAAAAUAUUUGGGGUUUGCAGAGAAGAAGUAAAAAAAUAAUUAUAAUAUAUUUUUUAAAUAAUUCACUUUGUCAAAACUUCCAGAAAAUAUAUAUAACCAGAUUUAUUUAUCAAAUUACUUUUAUUCAACUAGCAAAUUGAUUCAAAACACCAGAAAUUGGCAAAAUAUUAAACAUUUUCAACUGUUAUCUAUUAAUUAGCUCUGUAGAAUAAAACUAGACAGUAACCAAAGAUAUUAAAGAAUGCCUUUGUUUGAGUUACAAUAAUACAGGCCACAUUUGCAUAUUUUUAUGGGCAAAAUAGCUCAAUGAAAAUUUUAUUUUUUUUCAUUUUCAACCCUGUGUUUCUUUCAAGUUAAUUUAUUUGCCUGGUGUGAAUUAAUUUAAUUCCCCCAAUGAUACCAGUUAGAGAACAUUAGCCUUUUGGCGAUCAGACUAUUUAUACUCCUAUUAUUUUACAACAGAAAUAUGGUGCAACAAUGCAUUAUCUCUGCCUCCUAACUUUAGCCAUGGCUGCUUUUAGAAUUUUGCUGCCCAUGGGCCACUGCACCCUAAUAUAACUAGGCCUUUUUUUUGUGUUUAACUGAAAAACAAAUUAAAAAAACCCUGAGCAACAACAAAGAAAAAUAAAUGAAAAGUAAAGUGAAUGCACAUUAAGUUUAGGAACCCAUGGGUUAGACUUACUAAUAUCAUACAAAACUAUUAACUUUCAGCAACCCAUAUCAACCAAUCAGCAAUAAAUAUAUUUUACAGCAGGUUAGACUAAUGAAAGGAGAAACGUGAUUGGGUGCUCUGAGUCCUUAUAUAGCUACACCAUGCCAGAAAAUUACUUACAGAGUUUAUUAUAACCACAGGAUCUUUGCCUUGCUUGAACCAAACCAACAGUUUAGUCAACCCUAGAGUUUAUCCACUUUGCACCCAAUUUUUCCACCAGGGUUGCUAACAUCGAUCAAUUUUCAAGUUAAUUUUACCCUCCUGUAAUGGACAACAUACAAAAAAACAAACAGUUCCCCUCCUAUUGCCCCCAUCCCCACUUCUAACCCCCAUAAUUCUGUUACUAUAUAAAUAUUUUAUACUUGUUAUUUUUACGGUUUCAGAGCUUUAAAAUGAAAAUAAACAGCAGUGCAAUGCAGGUCGGACACACAUAUUCCUUACCGAAUUUUCUCAGAUAUACCUCAUAGAUAAUAGUGUUUAGAGUAAUGUUAUUAUAGCGUAUGUAAUAAAUGGUUCACUGUUUCUUUUAGUAAAUGUGAGUUAAAGAAAAAAAAGCUUUAUACGGUCUAGGUUGUGCUUUUGUAAUAGAUGAGAAGGUGCGCUUAAUGAUGAAAUAAUGUAUGUCGUUUCAUUGUUUGUCUUUUUUUUAUUUUGCUCUGGGGGGAGUUUGCAGAAAGAGGGGCCCAAACGUUUACAGUUUUUCAUAUUUUGCUGAAGAUACAAUCUGUGUUAGCCCCAUGACAGGUUAACAAUCUGAGUUUGUAUUGCUGAGCAAUGCGCAACAGCCUGCAAGGGAUUCUUUUUUUUAUUUUAGUUUUUUGAAGUGAAAAAAAUGAUAUCUUCAACAUCUGUGCUAUUUGGUUUGAAGACUCUUCUUUAAUGAUGUGUUGUAUUAACAUGAUUAGCGGUCCAUGCUACAGAUUUAAAGUGUACCCAGUGCUGGAUCAUCCUUUAGGCAACUUCAGCAUAUGCUCAGGAUCCAUUGAGGAUUGAACAGCACGAAUUAUCCUUGCUUGUGUUUUUUUCUUUCUAACAAAUGGGAGAGGAAAGGAAAUAGUACAUUUCCUAGGGCCAUAACCGGUAUUCAUGACAUUGCAACCUAUUACUUCAGUUAGAAAUAGUGACAUCACUGCUUUUUUCAUCUUUGAUGUCACGAGUUCUAGUGAGUUAGUAGGUUGAACAUUAGCUCCUCCCCCCAAAUUAGCUCCUCCCCCAAUAAUACUGCGGUAAGGAACAGGCAUGUGUUAACGCAUGUUGAAGGAUAAUUGUAAAAAAUGUAAGCAUUUUGCGGGAGAUAUAUCAGGCCUUGAAGAUAGAUAAAGUAUAGUAGCUGCCCAAAGGUUCCUACAGCUGUGUUAGAAAAAAAGACAGAAGUUGGGCAACUACUCUAUCUCUCUCCAGUGCUUUAUACAACUUGCUUCAAAACUCUGCUUAGUUCCAAAUUCCAUCAAUUCUGCUUUUUCAAUCAUCUUGAUCCCUCUUUAGUUUGAAAGUAUGCUAAUUUAAGCCAGUGAUUCAACAAUUGCAGAUAUCUUAAUAUAUAUAUAUACUAUAGAGAUGCCAGUUUUGCAUAACAUUUUAAUUCUAAAAACACAAUUUAAAAACAAUCAAUACUAGAACAGGGAUUGUCCACACUAAGAAAGUAUUUCAUAUUAAACAUGGUCCCUUUUACCCUUAACUAUUGUAUAAAGUCUCCUUGGGCCGUGUUCCUAAUGGGCCCCACACACUGGCUGACCCGCCGCCGAGCUGCCCGACGGCGGAUACGGCCGACGAGCGACCCGGCAGUGGGGAGGGGGGGGGCAGUGGGGGGGGAGUGAAGUUUCUGCACUCCUCCCGUCACCCGUCACAUAGAACUGCAGGCAAAUAUGGACGAGAUCGUCCAUAUUGGCCUGCAUGCACAGCCGACGGGGGACCAGCGAUGAACGAGCGCGGGGCCGCGCAUCGUUCAUUGCCUGAGCCUCCACACUGAAAGAUAUGAACGAGUUCUCGUUCAUUUAUGAACGAGAUCGUUCAUAUCUUUCUAACAAAUCGGCCAGUGUGUAGGGCCUAUAAGACUCGGAGUCCCUGUAAUUAAGUUACAGUAUUUUGCCAGCACAUGCAGUAAAGAAUCCUUUUGGCAAAUUAAUCAGAUUACAAAAUAUACAAUAUAAUAUAUAAUCCCUAUUUUGUUUCUUACCAUAUCAUCUCCUGCUAGAUGAUAAAAGUUUUCAUGUCAUCAUCGGUAAUUAAUAUCAGUAAAAAAUUGAUUAAUCUUUAAUACCGCAAGUAUGGCUGUUAUAUCCAAGCAGGGCUGCCAUCAGAAAUUGUGGGGCCCGAGGCUGACAAAAUAGGCAGGCCCCACCCACACCUAUGCACAAUGGAAGCAGAUGUUCUGUGGUAUGAAGAAAUAUUCAUGAGAUGGUCCAUCAGGUUAUUAAUAACUGAAGAACAAAGGUGGUUAAUGAACAGAUCCAACUCCACAGGACUACUGCCACCACUGAGCACUGGUGUCACGUACCCGCCGUACAGACCAUGGCAAGAUGUAUUUUGUCUAAGUGCAGGUAGAGUAUCUGGAAAACACAACUCUACAAAUUAUUAUUUGAAAUAAUUGAAUUCAUUCAAUAUAAUUUCCUUGGGUUUUCAUUGGCAAAUCGAUUGACAAAGAAACACAGAAAAACCCCAUGCAAAAAAAAAAAAAAAAAAAGCCAACCUCCCACCACCCCCCCAAAAAAAAACCAAACCACAGCGCUGUUUCUGUGGUGCAGUUCUAAAAAUCACUUAAGAAUAUGGUAAAUAGUUCCUCCGAAUUCACUAAGUUGCUUGAUUGUCCAGAAUGUGCUUACCCUGUGUACAAAGCUGUAAGCACUUCAUCUAGUGUAGUAAUGCCUAUUAAUACAAACAGACCAGUCCCUACAGAACCCUGCACAGGGUCACUUACUUCUAGACAAUUGACUUCUUUGUCUCUUCUUCAGGACUGGCACUCCCCAGCUGUUGGUGGUAGGAGCCAGGGGUAGGCACCCCUCUCUGUCCCGGCAGUCUUCCCCUGAUGGCGGUCCUGUAUCCAAGUAUAAAACUGUAAUUUUUAUACUCUUGUGGUUCUUCAACUAUCUUCAAUAAGUGCAUGUUAUAUGUUACUAUGCUGUGAUACUAUUCACCUACAUCUCAUAAAAUAAUAAUAAUAAUAAUAAUAAUAAUUAUUAUUAUUAUUAUUAUUAUUAUUAUUAUUAUUAUUAUUAUUUUCCCACUUUCUCUAUACGACACUUAAGCUGCUCAGCCAUAGUUGGUACAGAAGACAAAUUAAAACAUCACGAUAAUAAUAAUAUCCACUUAAUACAAAAUCAGGCUUAAACCGUGACCCACAUUAUCCGAUAAUAAUCUAGCUCUUGACACUCUUUGAACCUCCCCUUUGAGAUCUCAUGGAGAGGAGGGUCAACAAGUAAGCAAGUAUGGUUAGGAAUCUGAGCUAUGGGGUCCAAGGGACAAGGGCAAUCGGCAUGAUAAUGACAUGAUAUAUGCCAUCAUGGCCCUGCAUUGCACUGCUCCAUGGUGUGAUUCCUGUCCUCAUGGCACUAGUGACUUCUCUAGGGAAGUGGCGGGACCCAGGAGGGUGGAGAAAGUAGAGUAAUGAUCUGAUUAGUUUGCCUUGCAUUACAACACAUUUGGUCCCAUUGCACAAUUCAAUUGAAUACACCCACAUUUAUUUAUGUUACUGCUUGGUCUUAAAUAAUUUAAUUUAUUAACCUAAGUUUAAAUGCUCAGCAAUUUAAUACCAAAGAGCCUCAUUGUAGGUUAACAUUGUAAUUGUACAGUAUUUAUAGCAAGAACAGUUGCGGAAUAAUGGAGUAAUCACAUCUUUGUCCGAAUUCAGACUUCCAAGAAGAUUAGAGGCUAGUGAUGUUGGAGCACCUGCUCUUUGGGGCCGCUGUCCGGAGCAAUACUGAAUUACUCUGGCACUUUAAUCUCCAUCAUCACAGCUCAUAGAGAGUUGGAUAACUAGCCUGGGGCCUUCAGGACUAAUCACAAAUUGGCUCCUUUGAACCCUCCAGUAUAAAUAAUGAAGUUAGAGCCUUCUUCUUUUAACCAAAGAUAUACACAUGCUCAUUUUAAGUUUCUAACAACAAUACCAAAGACUAUAGGGCUGCCGCAAGCCCUGUGAAUUCUGGGUAGAGAUCUGUAAAUCGCCCUGUAAAUCUGUACCAGAGGUUUCCAUGAAAAUGAAAUAAAAAAUAGAAUGGAUUUGCACCUUUACAGUUAUUGCAUGUCCAUGCAGCCAUUUAUCUUCACUCCUCACGAUUCCAUUCUUUUCGUUCCUAAAGUUAAUUGUUUUGUACAGAAAUGUAUUUCUCACCAGUUGUAUAUGGCCACAAUAGGACUGGUGCACUCAAAUCAACAGCUAAAGAUACCAAAGGUUCAUGUGCUUUCCGUAGUACAAUGAAAGUUCAUAUUUUGUGUCAUGUUAGUAUUUGUGUGUGUGUGCGUUUUAAUGUAUAAGUCAUUUUUGCCAAAGAAUGAAACAAAAACAAAGAUGUAUACAUUUGCGUUUGCUGUGAGCUAUCUCAGAAUCUUAGCAGUGUUCCACCGUCAUUUAAAUUAAAACACAUCUUCUUCCGUAAUAACUUGAAUUUUCCAGUCCACUGAAUCACGUGGUUUUAUGUCGACAAUUAUGAUCCAAAAAAAACAGACACCCGAGUUUGCCAAAUAAACUGUUAUUUGUGACACUUCAGUUUAUGUUUGUGUGUGUUACUGUACAGCUUUUAUACUUGUAAAAUUCCAUUUAUGUUACAAUCGUUGUUCUCAGUAUUCAAAUAAUAAAGCAAAUGCAAAAUGGGUGUUUUACAGGUCAUUUCUUGACUGUUUUGCCAAAGAUGUCCAUGACUUUUGCCAAAACUAAGUCAAAGUAGUCUGUUGACUAAGAGGCGGCUGGGCAAAUUGUCUAAAAAUAUUUUUUUUCUCAAUGAUACAUAUUGAACAAAGCAACGUCCAAAUUAAGUCUUAGUUCUUAUUUGUAAUUCCUCCUUAUUUGUAAUUCCUUUAACAGAAAAUUAGAAAUUUUACCGUUUACUUAAAUAUACGUUUAUAUAUGUGAAAUCUGAUUUUUACUUUUUAUUUGCCAAAUGUAGAUUGUACCGAUUAUAUGCAUGCCAUUUUAUGGUUCUUUUGCCAAAUCUGGUGUCACAUUUCAUUCAAAAUUAUAUUUUGUGCCUAAAAUCUUAUGCCUUUUUUUCCUUUGUUUUGCUGUUACCUAUUUGUUCAUAAGUGCCAUUUCUAAACCAUGUUAGUGUGAAUCCCAUGACUGAAAGAAGGAAUUUUCAAGAAUUUUCACCUGUGCGCAAGCAGCGAGAGCCACUGAAUCUUGCAUUGGGACUUAGUGGGCUGUGUGGUUUACAUGGGCUAAUGCAUUAAAUCAUCUGGAAAAAUGCACAUGGCCAUAGACAUCCACUGAUUUCAUGUAGGUUACACCUAAAGUCUACUACCCCUGCUUUGGGUUGCUAAUAGAACCAAUUGUACCUAGAGCCAUAUGCAUUUUUCAAGAUGUGUCAAUGCAUAUACUCAUAUGGACCUGCGCUUUGGGUAAAUAGUAGCACUGCUAUAAGCCUAUAUGGUUAAUUCACACUUGGGUGGCUGGGUGUUGUUGUAUAAAUACAUGAAAAAUGCAUUCAACACUUUUAUCUGGAGUAUUUUUUAUGCAGAAAUUUGUACAGCAAUAGCACAUGCUUUGUUUCAGCAUAUUGAUUGCAUGGACAGUAACUGUAUGAGUGGAUGUGUUCCCGCUAACAUACGUUUAUGGCGAGAUGUACAAAAGUCCAUAGCAGUUUUUACUGGAAUAAACCACUUAAACCAUAUUGCAAAACAAUUAUAGCCAUUAAUAGUGUAGCUGUAGCUAAAAGUCAGUUUUCUUCUACAUAAGAGAGAGACAGAGUUCUUUGGUAUCCGUAUAUAUUUAUGUGACUUUCCUUGGGAGAUGUUUCGAACCUUCUACUGAGGACCAGUUGAGGUGUUGCCUAUAGAAACCAAUCAGAUACUAGUUAACAUCUAUCUUGUACAUUCUAUAAAAUGAUAGCUACACUUUCAUUGGUUGCUGUGGGCAGUGCCUCCAAUUGUCCUAUUUAGCAGUUUGAUAAAUCUCCCCUUUGCUUUCACAUCUGGUAUCAUGAAACGAAAACUUUGAGGACGUUGUCUGGAUGAUUAAAAUGAGGUUACUCCCAAACUGGAGAAAUGUUUGGUUUAAAAUGUAUUGUUUCAUGGAAUCAAGGAGGAAUUCUAAAUUCCAUGAUACAAUACAGACGAAUAAUUAAAUAAACUCUAAUUGUCAUACAACAUAUUUUACCUUAAAGUGUAAUUAAUUAUGCUUUGCAGUCCGAAUAUAUGGCCUCUUAAGCUGGCUUACCCUAAACCAUUUUUCAUCCAGCCAUCCUAGUUGGUUGGUUAGAAUGAAAAUAUGUUAUGUAUAGGAGCAAAUGACAGCAAUUUGCUCCCAAACCCCUGGGAACUGACAAAAAUUGUCAUUUCAGAUAAGUUGGUUAAAUCUGAUUUGAACAACUUUUCCGAAACGAGUUUUUGUGCGUUGGAUGGUUGGAUGAAAGUUGGCCUAGUGUAUGGCCAGAUUCAGGGGGGAAUUCAAU